CAUUUGUGACGGAGCUGCUGAGCCGAGCACCUCCUCCCCAAGCGCAGUUGUCUCAUUUGCGCCAUUUUGUUCGCUCACUGUUGUUGAUUGGGCUUUAGUGAGCUGUACUGGAGCCAAUCAGAGGGGAACCGGACAGCGACUACACGAGCGGAGUGUUGGAUAAGCAGCUAUGGAGCAGUACACCGCUGCCACCACAGCUACAGGAGAGCAGAUCGUAGUACAAACAACCAAUGGACAGAUCCAACAACAGACACAGGGCACAGUGACAGCUGUGCAGCUGCAAACAGAAGCACCAGUGGUGGCGGCCUCAGGCCAGCAGGUGCAGACACUCCAGGUAGUUCAAGGACAACCUCUGAUGGUGCAGGUCAGUGGUGGGCAGCUCAUCACGUCAUCCGGACAACCCAUCAUGGUGCAGGCCAUGUCAGGAGGCCAGGGUCAAACCAUUAUGCAGGUUCCUGUGUCUGGAGCUCAGGGACUACAACAGAUCCAGCUGGUGCAGCCAGGUCAGAUCCAGUUGCAAGGUGGUCAGACUCUGCAACUUCAGGGCCAGCAGGGUCAGCCCCAGCAGAUCAUCAUCCAGCAACCCCAGACAGCCAUCACAGCUGGACAGAACCAGGGCCAGCAGAUCAGUGUUCAGGGCCAGCAGGUUGCACAGACAGCUGAUGGACAGACCAUUGUCUACCAACCCGUCAAUGCAGACGGUACCGUCCUGCAGCAGGGAAUGAUCACAAUUCCAGCCGCUAGCUUGGCAGGUGCCCAGAUUGUACAGGCAGGAGGUGCCAACACCAACACAACAAACAGCCAAGGCACUGUGACCGUCACCCUGCCCGUCUCUGGCAACAUGGUCAAUGCAGGUGGAAUGGUCAUGGUAAGACCCGGUGUAGAGAUGGUUCCAGGAGGUGGUGGAGUUCCCACAAUGCAACGUAUACCCCUACCAGGAGCUGAGAUGCUUGAAGAGGAGCCCCUGUAUGUAAACGCCAAGCAGUACCAUCGUAUCCUGAAGCGAAGACAGGCCCGAGCCAAGCUGGAGGCUGAGGGCAAGAUCCCCAAAGAAAGGAGGAAAUACCUCCACGAGUCUCGCCACCGUCAUGCUAUGCAGCGUAAGCGAGGAGAUGGUGGACGUUUCUUUUCACCCAAGGAAAAAGAAGAAAUGGCUUUGGCACUGGCGCAGCAACAGCAGGAAGCGGCGCAGGCAGCCGCUGACGAGACGGUGGCUCAGAUGAUUCGAGUCUCAUAGCAUCUCUGACCAACAUCAUCACUUCUUUGUGUGACCUCUGCACUGCCUGGGUCGCUUCAUCCCAUCUGCCAUAUCUUCUUUACUUGUGUCUCUUCACAUAUUUUGGUCUUCCAGGCAGCAGGCCAGCAACCCCUUUUAUGGAAAUGUCAAGUCCUUUUGCCUAAGAUUGAGAAAUGCUUCCAACCUCCUCUGGUCAAACACUGAGGACCAGCUAUUUAUUUUAAUGUGGACACAAGUUAUUGUUGAACUGGGACCUUUCACGCAGAAUUAAGUGAAGUCAAACUCCCACCUUGUCUAUUCAAUAACAGGAUAAAUGUAAAUGCUACAGCCUGUUUUGUCAGAGACACAAAUUAACAUUGAUGUUGCAUUUGUAUCAUAUCAUUUAUGUAAUAUUCUGUACUUUUACUUUUUUUUUUCUUCCACCCAUGUUCAGUGUGGAACGACCUUGCAUCAACCAAGCAAAAGAUUUGACGUGUGAUACUGUGGUGAGAAUAUUUGUAUAGUAAUGUUUUUUCUCCCCCAGUGUACUUAUCCAAUUUACCCACUUUUUGGAACACAUUUUUAUACAAUGUCAUUGUUGUAGGGGAAAUUGUUCUAUUUAAAUAUACUGCUUGGCCAAAAGAAAUGUCUCACACUGUAAUAUUUUAAUCAGAAAUACUUUAUUAAUCCCCGGGGGGAAAUUCAGAGUUUUGGUUACGGCAUUGUUUCCACAAGCUUCUGCAACGUCACAACAAAGUUACGUUCAUUUUUCGUCACAUUCCUGUUCAAAGUUGCCUUCAUUUUUUUUCAUGAUCCAGUAUUGAUGGGAUAUUGGGUCCCCUGCACAACGUUUCCCUAUAAUCCUUCCACUUUUCAAUCUAUUCGACAGUUCUUUACCUGAUUUGAGUAAUUUCAGCAAUCUCCUACCUAGAUGCCGUCUCAUGCUUGAUGCAUGCCAACUAUUUGAUCUUUUUCACGAUCACAGGUUGUGUAUUUCAACAUAGUUGUUUAACAAAUAAAGAAAGAAGAACAAUUUAACUUUAUUUAUAACAUAUACAAUUUAUAUCAAAUUAGUAUCUGCAUUUAACCCAUCCACUAGAUGAGAGGUGGGUUUCACUAUUUUGGUUCGAUACAGGUAGUGACCUUUUUGGCCAGGCAGAUGUAGGCAAUAAUACCUCAUUGGUGUGUCAAACGUGUGUUUCAUUGUUUUUUUAUUUUACCCACUUAAAAAUGCAUUUUUUUAUAUGUACAUAUAAAAUCAGUAAUUGUUGAA